CCCCUACGUCAUGACAUUUUACCGCUCUUUGAUCUCCACAAACUGUGGUCUUGGCAACUGUAGGCACUGCGUCUUCAGACGCUGACCCUGAAGCCCUCAAACGGGCCGAGUAUCUCGACAGCAAUAGUGACAAAUGUACAAGUAUGAUUUUUGGUCGAAAGGCCACUACCUUUGGGUACCCCGUAGCGACCCAUGCCAACGAUUGCAUGAACUGUGACAAUCGUAUGGCCUAUGUCCCUCGGGGCAACGGCACAGGCCCUAGGCCAGUUUUUGAUAAUAUCCACUCUCUCUACCCGAGGGUCGUUACUAAGGGCCGGGCCGAUAUUUACGAACCUCUGCCGGGUCAAAACGAAUCCACACCUCUGGGCUACGUCCCGAGCGAGGGGGAAACCUACGCACUGUGGGAGUCGUCAUAUCCUCUUAUCAACUCGAAAGGUCUUGCGAUUGGUGAGAGUACUACGGCUGCUAAUAAGCCUUUGGCUGUCCAGGAGGUCACUCAUAAGGACGAGAUCACGGGAAAGGAAGGUACCGCCCUUUUCACUAUCGCCCCACUGAUGGCCAUUGCCAUGGAGCGCUGUGAGACUGCUCGCUGUGCUAUUCAUAAGAUAGGGACCUUGGCACAGGAAUAUGGCUUUGCAGGAGAGGAGUAUGGCUCUGCUGAGGCUAUUACUAUCAUUGAUGACACUGAGGCAUGGGUCUUCGAGAUUGAAGGGGACGGCAAUAAGGGUGCUUUUUGGGUAGCCCAGAGGGUGCCCGAUGACCAUGUUGCGGUGGUAGCGAAUAACGCUAUUAUUAAGGCAGUGAAACCUAAUGCUCCUGAUGAGUUCAUUUACUCUGAAGGUCUCUUUGAGAAAACUAAAGCGAUGGGGUUGUGGGAUGGGGAAGGCACAUUUGACUGGUCCAAGGUCGUAUCGGGUAAGCUUGCCCUUCCUCGUUACGCUUCGCUAAGACAAUGGAGGGUUUUCGAUAGGGUUGCCCCUUCACAGGGGAUCCCCAAUAACGAGGACCCUUAUGAUUACCCUUUUUCCGUGGCGGUCGAUAGACCUGUUACAAUGAAUGAAAUUUUCGAUCUCCACCGUGACCAUUAUGAAGGCACCGAGUUCGACAUGACUAAAGGAAUCCUUGCGGGUAUGUAUGGCAACCCAAACUAUGAGAUCAGUGGUGCUCUGAUGAAAGAGGUUAAGGGUCAGAUCCCUAGGGCCAUAUCCCUACAUCGUACGAGCUAUACGAUGGUGGCAACUAGCCAGAAGCCUUUCCCUAAGGUUUGGUUUGCCUUGGACGCCCCGGCAACCUCUGUUUUUGUACCUUUUUAUUCCCAGGCUGAUGCUGUUGACCCCAGUUUUGGGACUCAAUACGGCCCUGCUCUUCAGGAGUUCAAUCGCUCCACGGCCUUCUGGGCGUUCGACUUUGUUGCUAACUGGAUGAAUAUCAACUAUCAGAAUAUGAGCCAGGAGAUGGUCUACCCUAAGAGGGAUGAGCUCCAGAGGUGGGUAUUGGCUGAGGCCGACAGGGUCGAGAGGGAGGCGGCGAAGUUGACAGACCCGAAGGAACAAACGGAAAUGCUCAACAGUCUGCAGUUGAGAAUUCAAAGGCGCAUAACUGAGGAGUGGUGGAAACUGGCUGAUGAGCUUAUAGUGAGGUAUAAUGAUGGAUACUAUAAUUUCCCCGAUGGCCGUAUGGACUUCCAAGGAGGUUUGCCUCAGCCGGAGUGGUACAUGAGGAUGGUUGGUUUCUCGGACGAUUUCUAUAAGCCUGGUCAGCACUAUGUUAGACCAGCAGGCGUGGAGGCGCAUGAGGCCGCUGUGAAUGGCAUUUCAUUGGAAGCAGUUGUGGCUCAGUCUGCUAGCAGUUUUUGGAUAACAGUGGUGAUGGCAGUAAUGGCUUGUAUAGCGACUUUCUGGUUGGGCACUUUCUGUGGGAAGCGCCAUGCUUAUCGCAGCUACAGUAAAGUGAAUGAUGGCUAUUCUGAACUGUAGAUAUGGUUCUGUGAUGUGUACUAUGCAGUACACGGUUUAGUAGCUUUUCUCAUCAUACGGUUGGAGACAGUUUUCCCCCUGUUACUAUUACUGGUAUAUAGGUAGACCAUNNNNAGAU